AUGUCUUCGAUAUUAGAAUCCUCUAAGGGAAUAAUUAAAGAAGCGAGGUAUGCUAUAAUUUUAGAGAUUAGAGAAUUAGCAUAUUUGGGUAAAUAUCCAGAAGCAAUCAUGAAAUUCAAAUCCUAAAUUGAAACAUUAAGUCAAUAAUUGGGAAAAAAUCAAGGAGAUUAGUUACUAUAUCAAGAAUGGAGCAAACUAGUGAAUGAUAUAAAAGAAGAAUUAGAUUUAACUCAAACAUUAUUUGACUUUACAAAAGGCAAUUCUAAUAAUUAGUAAUAGCCAUCUCCUUAGAAACCGAAAGUAGUUUAAGAAUGUCCUGAAUUUCAUGAUGACAACAGAUAGCCUCGAUUGCCAUUCAAUUAAAUACCUUUCUAACAUUAUCAAAGAGAGAAUACAUCUCCGUCGUAGAAAGCCAAUUAAUUUUAAAUAUCACCUCCUAAGUAGAAAGCAUAAGAUCCGGAUGAAAUUUUCUUUGGUGGUUUAAGAGGAGGUAAUGAUGGUAAGAAAGCUAACAAUAAUAACAACAAUAAUGGUAAUAAUGGCAAUAACUUAAACCACAAUCCUAGCAAUUACUUCAAUAAUAACAACGGCAAUAAUAACUAUAAUAGGCGUCCGACCAAUAAUCCUCCUCCAAAAGAUCCUGAUGUUUGGGAUCCCCCUUCUAAAAAGCCAGAUAAACCAAAGCAAUCUCAAAAGGAUGCUAAAUCAAACAAUAUUUUUAAACCUUAGGCACAACCAUAGCCAUAGGCGAAGGGUAAUUAAAGGAAAGAAUAUGAUAAGGGAAAGAAAAACAAUGUUGCUGGUGAUAAGAAACCUGUAGAGGGUCAAAGAAAAACAUAUCAUGAUCAUGUUUAUCCAGAUGGAAGAGGUCCAGAUAGUGAUUUAAUUUAAAUGAUUGAAAGGGAGGUACUAGAUCUAACACCAAAUGUUUCAUUUGAAUAAAUAGCAGAAUUAGAAUUGGCUAAGGAUACUCUAUAAGAGGCUGUCCUACUCCCAAUAUUUAUGCCUCAAAUAUUUACGGGAAUUAGAAGACCUUGCAAAGGAGUAUUGUUAUUUGGACCUCCAGGAACUGGAAAAACAAUGCUUGCCAAAGCUGUUGCUACUACUGGAAAAACAACAUUCUUCAAUGUUUCUGCAUGCACUUUAGCAAGCAAAUGGAAAGGAGAAUCUGAGAAAUUAGUUAGACUCUUGUUCGAUAUGGCUAAAUUUUAUGCACCUAGCACAAUCUUUUUUGAUGAAAUUGAUGCUUUGGGUUCUAAGAGAGGAGAUAACGAUGUAAAAUUAUCUUAUAAUCGUAGAGUUAAGACAUAAAUGCUAAUAGAGAUGGAUGGAGUUUCUGGUGCUAGUACUGGAGAAGAAAGAAAAACAGUAAUGUGUCUAGCAGCUACCAAUCGACCAUGGGAUUUAGACGAGGCUCUAAUUAGAAGACUUGAAAGAAGAAUAUAUAUUCCAUUGCCAAGUGUUACAGGCAGGAAAGUUCUUUUCGAAAUCAACUUACACUCUUUAAAGUUGUCACCAAAUAUCAAUUGGGAUCAAUUAGUUAAUAGAAGUGAUGGUUAUUCGGGAGCAGAUAUUGCGAAUGUUUGUAGGGAGGCAUCUAUGUUGCCAAUGAGAAGAAAGUUAAAGGAAGAGGGAGGAUUCUAAAAAUUACAAUAGAAAUAUGAAGACAUCUCAAAUGUUGUUGAUGUACCUUUAGAAUAGAGAGAUUUUGAGGAAGCAUUAAAGAUAGUUAAUAAAUCUGUUUCAUCAGAAUAUCUAAAAGAAUAUGAAAAUUGGAUGAAAGACUUUGGUGCUGGUUGA